AUUAAAAUUUCUGCAACUCACCUAUUCUCCGUUUUUGUUUGAACAGAGAUUCAUUUCUCCAUCUUCGAAAUUCUCCAUGGGACUUGGGAGGAGCACCGAAAAGGAACAUCUCAUCGAGCUUAGCUUCAAAUUUUUUGGUAAGAUCUGUAAUUCCAAUUGCAAUGUCGGGGCUAAUCGUAACCAGGCCUUGUUGAAUUUGAAUUCGUAAUACACUUAACAUGAUUUCAAAUUUCUUGUUCCUUGUUGCUUAGGUAGAACUGGGAGAAAAAGGAUUUUAGGCUGUUUAGUUAGGUAAAAUAUGCAACAUGAAGAGCUAUUUGAAUGAUGGUUGGAGUAUGGAAUCAUAUUUAUCCUCGGCAGACACUACUAAAAGCUAGAAUUGUGGUUAUAUCACAACUUGCAAUGCAAGCCUAUUUUUCUCCAUACUUCUGUACCAGCAAUGAAUUGUUACUUGGAGAAAAGAGGUAUUGCCAAUGAGAAUGGCAUUCGGGUUGUUCGAAGAGGAAAAAGAUUUGGCCGGUUUACCUUUCCCAGACACAAAUUAUCAACUUGGGCUUUUCUGUUUGGAGCAACAUUUCUGUUUUAUUUUGUAGUUUUUGGCCUAAAGAUGCCCUUUCAUGAAAAAUUAGAAGAUAGUCCUUUAAUACGACAACAAACUCAUAGGGACCUUUGGGCAUCAGAGGCUGGGAGAUCACCACUAACACCACCGCCGCCGCCACCUCCACCUCCACCAACACCUCCUCCACGAACACCACCACCACCACCACCACUAAGAAGCAAGCGUCGCAGACAACAUUCUCCUUGCGAAAUUGGAUUUGCUAAAUCAGUUGGUUAUCUUGUUGAACCCAGCAACGUCACAAACUUUACACAGUUUUCAUUAGAAUACAUUGACCAAGAAGAAAAUUCUCGGAACAAUUUUUUUGAACCGAGAUUUGGAGGACACCAGACUCUUGCGGAAAGGCAACAAUCCUUCUACGCAAAGAAUCAAACUCUUCAUUGUGGCUUUGUCAAAGGACCACCAGGUUACCCUAGCACUGGAUUUGAGAUAAAUGAAAAGGAUAAGGGAUACAUGAAGACAUGUAAGAUAGUUGUUUCAUCAUGCAUUUUUGGCAACUCUGACUUUUUGAGGAGGCCUACUAGCAAGCAAAUAAGUGGAUAUUCCAAGGCCAAUGUUUGUUUUGUUAUGUUUGUGGAUGAACAAACAUUGUCAAAAUUGUCGUUGGAGGGAAAUGUUCCUGAUGAUGGAGGAAAGAUUGGUUUGUGGAGAAUAGUUGUUGUCAGAAAUUUACCAUACAAGGACAUGCGAAGAACUGGAAAAGUUCCCAAGCUUCUGUCACACAGACUCUUUCCUUCAGCGAGGUAUUCAAUAUGGCUCGACAGUAAGAUGCGACUUCACACUGAUCCAAUGCUUAUUCUUGAGUACUUCUUAUGGAGAACAAAGUCAGAAUAUGCCAUUUCAAACCAUUAUGAUCGGCAUUGUGUGUGGGAGGAGGUACUCCAAAAUAAGCGUUUAAAUAAGUACAAUCAUACAGCCAUAGACGAACAGUUCAAUUUUUACCAGUCUGACGGCCUGACAAAGUUUGACUCUUCUGACCCAAAUAAACUUCUUCCAAGUUAUGUUCCUGAAGGUUCAUUCAUAGUUCGAGCACAUACGCCAAUGUCAAAUCUAUUUUCUUGCCUUUGGUUUAAUGAAGUUGAUCGAUUCACCUCUCGUGAUCAAUUAAGUUUUGCAUAUACUUACCUGAAAUUGAAGAGAACGAAUCCUGAUAAAUCAUUCUACCUUAAUAUGUUCAAGGACUGUGAGCGCAGAACACUAGCUAAGUUGUUUCGCCACAGGAUAUUGGGACUGCCAUCUCCUUGACCUGCUUCUUGAUCCAUUAAAACUCCUUACAAUAGCUGAAAUUUAAAUUGAAUGAAGAACUAGUAAUAUACAUCUCUUAACCUCCUUGGAAAAAUGAAGAAAGAAAAGAAAAGAAAAAUAGUCUGGUGGAUUGCUUUGCAUCAAGAAUUUUGGGUUGCAGCCUGGUAUGUACUAUGUAACAUAGCAAGAAAGCUAUGUAGUAAAUUAUUUAUACAUUUUGAGUACAUGUUUUAUCAGCAAGAGUUGGUCUCUUCUUAAAAACAUUAACAAAGUUGAAGAAGAGACCAAAUCUGUUGGCAUGCAUUAUUACUUGUAGGUUAAGUGAUUAGUUUUCAGGGAUACACAAUUUUAGCUAGAGAGUCCCAUUUGUAAUUUUAAUAUUCCUGAUCAGUAAUCACCUAACCUAACCCGGCUCCCAAACAAGGUGAUAUUAAGAUAUAAUUUAUAAUAUUCUUUAUGGACCAUGUCCUCUUUUUGAACUUGUUUAUUAUUCUCUUAUUAUUACAUUUUGUUGAACCAUUGUAUUUUUCCUUGUACAUUUGAGAAAUUGUUUUGGGCAAUUUGCUUUAAAUUAUUGAUGGAUAUUAUUAUUAAAAUAA